AUGCAAGAUGUCAUUCAGCUUGGACUGUCAAGGAUCAAAGCGCUGCUCGGUCAUCUCGCGAGUCCGCAUAGCAAAGUACCAAUCGUCCACGUUGCGGGCACCAACGGCAAAGGCUCAGUAUGCGCCUAUCUCGACUCCAUCUUCCGGCAGAGCGGCCUGAGCACGGGCAGGUUCAAUAGCCCUCAUCUGGUCGAGCCAAGGGAUUCGAUAUGUCUCAACGGUCGCCCCGUCAGUCUCGAGGCUUUCAGCAAGGCACAGUCAAUCGUGCGAGAGGCCGACAAAAAGCAUUCGAUUGGCGCAAGCUCGUUCGAGCUGCUGACCGCGACUGCGUUCCAUCUCUUCGCUCACGCUAUACCACCGCUACAACUCGCCGUCAUUGAGGUCGGCAUGGGCGGCGCGACAGACGCGACCAAUGUCUGCGAUGAUCCACUUCUGACCGUCAUCACCCCUGUCGAGCUGGAUCACCAGGCCAUGCUGGGUAACACCGUCGAAGAGAUUGCAGCAGUCAAAGGCGGCAUCAUUAAGACCGGCAGGCCUUGUGUGAUGUCUGUACAGCCGCACAAGGGAGCGAGCACCGUUCUACGUGCUAUAGCACAAUCGCGCCACAGCGAGCUUGUCGAAGCAGUACAUUCCUCAAGCGCGAUUGGCAUACCGUAUCGAGACGUGAAUGGCUCCGUUCAGGUCUUGGAAGCAAGAUCAGCUCUUCUCGGUGGAUAUCAGACCAGCAACGCUUCGACAGCUCUCACUGCUGCUGAUCUAUUGUCAAAGCAACAAGACUGUCUCUCUCGCGUACCGCAGCUUGCAAGAAUCACCCAAGAGACUAUGCGCGCGGGCAUCGAAGCAACAAGAUGGCCAGGACGGCUCGAAUGGGUCAAGCUCGAUGCACCUUCCGGUAUGCUUGACGUUCUGCUUGACGGCGCGCACAACGCAUCGUCUGCGGUCGAGCUGCGCCGCUACCUCGACUCGCUCCCCAGUCCAACUUCGACCUGCUUUAUCGUGGCCGUCUCAUCGCCCAGAGACCCGUCUGUCUUACUGGAACCUUUGCUGAGCGAUUCGAGCACUCGCACAACAGUUAUCGGGACAGGCUUCAGUCAGCCAGAAGGCAUGUCCUGGGUCAGGUCGCAAGCAUCAGGCCAACUUCAACGGACAGCAUCGCCAGCGCGCUGGCGAUAG